AUGAUGACUUCUUGUCUUAUGGAAGGCGCUCAUCCAGCUCCCGCUUUUGACUUGAUCGUCGUCCUCAAGUUGCAGGAAGGCCCCCUGGCGCCUAGGCCGUCUGUGCAUCAUUCCAUCCUCACUCAGUACCUGGUGACCCCCUGGUCUCUAUCCUCGGCCCGACCCCGUCUCUCCCACCUAUGUUUCGAAGACUUCCAAGAACUCAUGGAAAUCAGUGGUAGUGGCUUGCGGACGAGAAUCCAGUCGUCCUCCCUACGGUACAUUCUAUGGUACAAACUGCAAGCCGAUCAUCUACCAGACCAUUCCAAGCCCCGAUCCAAAUCCUCCCUCCGCCCCGUUUCACUUCCCACUCUUCACCAGAACAUCGCUCUCCACGACCAGCCACCCGAAAUGCGUCUGACCGCCUUCGCCUUCAAUGCCGACUCAAGGGCUUACCCGGAAGCCUGGCUGUUCCUGGGGAAGGGCUAUAUCUGGAAGAUUGAGCUGGGGGGGUGUCAGUGGGCUGAGGCUUCUAACUCUGCCAACGUUUCCGCUUCCAACGCCUCCACCUCCCCCAGCACUACUUCCUCUUUCAACGGUAACGCCGUCAACGCCAACGCUACUGCUGUUGAAGGCUUCUAA